AGUGGCCUUCGCUUAUUUCUUUCUACUCUCUCUGCCUCUGUUGUGCCUUCGAGAGAGAGAGAGAGUGAGAGAGAUGGAACACGACGACGUCGACAUGACUGGGGCCGAUGGCACGGAAGCUGAGCUUGACGACAUGAAGAAGCGGCUGAAGGAGAUGGAGGACGAAGCUGCCGCUCUUCGCGAGAUGCAGGCUAAGGUCGAGAAGGAGAUGGGUUCCGUACAAGAGCCAUCAACUGCAGCUGGAACACAGGCAAAUAGAGAGGAAGUUGAUUCUCGAUCAGUAUUUGUGGGCAAUGUGGAUUAUUCAUGUACCCCUGAAGAAGUGCAGCAGCAUUUCCAGUCAUGUGGAACUGUGAACAGAGUUACAAUUCGCACUGACAAGUUUGGCCAACCAAAAGGUUAUGCUUAUGUGGAAUUCGUCGAAGUAGAAGCUGUUCAAGAGGCCAUCCUUUUGAAUGAAUCUGAGCUACAUGGGCGCCAAUUAAAGGUCUCUGCUAAACGGACUAAUAUUCCUGGGAUGAAGCAGUACCGUCCUCGCCGACCAAAUCCCUACAUGGGCUUCCGAGGAAGGAGUCCUUAUGUACCUCCUCCUUUUAUGUACUCACCUUAUGGAUAUGGAAAGGUUCCAAGGAUGAGAAUGCCCAUGCGCUAUAGCCCCUACUUCUGAAUCUUUAAUUUUGCCUAGGCAGGGGUAUCCAAGGCGGAUUUCCUUUAUUUUCAUGGAUGUUGAUUCAAAAAAGUCCAUUUAUGUGAGUUUCUGUAGGUUAAAUGUGGAUAUUGUGUGUGAAUUAUACAUUCUGUCGAGAAGAUGAAGAAGAAUGUAGUUGCACCAGUUAUGCAAGACUUCUCCGUAUAUCCCAAUUACUAAAGUCUUCAAAAAGGACCUUUUGACAGCCUUUGCCGCGCUGUAUCGCCUUUGAUUAGUUGAGGUGCUAUUAGUGAGUCUGAUGUGAACCAAAUUUUGAUUGGUUGUCUUGACGAUAAUGGAAAAAAGAGAAGAUGGGAGUAUUGAACGAUUA